AUGGCGGCACCACAGAGCAAGAGGGCCGCACCGUCCGACACGUCCAAAGAAGACAUCUCCAACCAGGAGAACGUAUCAGCGAGAGCCGGUACCACCAGGCAAUCCAACAAGCAGCAAGUUCGACACCGUGCCUCUGUAGCCUGCGCAUCAUGCCGAGAUCGCAGGAUACGAUGUGUUGUGCCCAAGGGUCAGAAUGAGUGCAACCAGUGUAAGAGAUCGGGGGCCGAGUGUAUUAUCAAGAAUGAUGAUGAGAGGAGAAGGCCAAUUUCUAAAGCAUACAUGGCAUCGCUGUCAGAGAGAAUCAACAUGUUGGAGGGCAUGCUUGCAGAAAAAGGAGUUGUCCCUCCAGAAGCUUCCCACCCCUCCAAGACAAGACAGGAAACUUCAGAAUCUCAAGACGAAUCCAAAAAGACCGAGCGGCGAGUAGAAAAACCGAGAAAACCAAGCCGUGUGAUUUCACCAGCUGGUGAGGUACCAUCACCUCCCGACUCGUUGACUGAUGACUUUCCCGUCCUCGAAAUGGAGCUGAACGAGCCGCCGCUGGAAGCUACUGUAGAGACCACUACCAUCCCACCAGCCAUAGACCUCGCACCAAUGAAUUUUGAGCCCAGGCCAUCAGUACACCUCAUGACACCUCAUACUACAACAGACUCGACACAGGAAGAUGUCAUCCAACGGCUCCUAUCAACAAAGGGGAAUCUCAGCUUCGACCAGAUAUCUGGCCGUCUGCGGUUCUUUGGCCCCACGGCCAACAGCCACGUCUAUGCCGAGUCUUCAAGCAAGUUUGACUCACGAGAGCCUCCUGAGCAAGUUCGACGCGCAGAGCGUAUCAUCAGAUCUCUCACGACCGUUACUUAUGAUUAUUUGAUGGACACAUUCUGGGAGUACUACAAUGGGGUGCUAGUCGUGAUCGAUAGAGAAGCUUUUGAGACGGAUCGAGAAUCACAAAACCCCAAGUUUUAUUCAUCAUUCCUUCACAUCACCAUGCUGGCAGCGGGCUAUCGUUUUGCCGACAAGGACCGAGAGGACAUCAUCAAGAUCAGCCUUGGCAAUCGCGAGAGCACACUGCACCGCGAGGCAAAGUACAUGCUCGAUAUUGAGCUAGAGAGGCCGGGAGGCAUCCCAAGUGUACAAGCUCUGCUUCUUUUGGGCGAUCUGGAAUGCGGAGUCGGUCGUGAUAAUACAGGUUGGAUGUACUCGGGCAUGGCGAACCGCCUAGCAUUCGAUGUCGGUCUACACCUAGACUGCAGCAACAAUGGCUUAUCAGACCGUGAAGUCUCAAUCAGACACAUGACCAUGCGAGCGUGUGUCAUCUAUGACAAGUACUGGGCGCUGUUUCUCGGACGACCCACGAGUAUCAAGAAUCAAGAUAUCGGCAUGGACCUCUUGUCGAGGCAGUUUGCGGGCAUGCUGUCCAAAGAUGUCAAUGGACAGCAGCAGCAGCAGCAGCAGCAAGUUCCUACAAGACCACCGACUCGAGGCGCCCUUGUUCAAGAAAUAUUUGACCAGCUGGUCGAGCUCAUGGAACUGGCCGGCCGUAUUGUGGAGAUACGAGAGAGCAACAAGAGAAACAAUAACAGCAGGGAGCCAAACAUGUUUGCGGCAGCCGAGGCAGAGGACAAUGCCUAUCUCCAAGUCAUUAACCUGGACCGCCAACUGCAGAACUGGUACCGGAGACUUCCUGAUUACUUGACGUGGAAACCAGCAAACAUCAAGACGGCACCGUUUAGCUUCUUUUUGCUUCACCAGCAGUACCAUGUAUCCAUGAUAUUACUGCACCGGUCUUGGGCAAAGUACGGCUCCAUGACAGAUGAUGCAAGCACCCAUUCACAUCCUAGCCCCGAGAACGGCGUCCAAAGCCCCGAAUCGUCUCACGGUCUUCCCUUCUCGGCAGCAGAGACUUCAAUCGGCCUGGGUGAUCCCAACUCGAUCAUGGUUGACAGUCGGACAUCGCUCUCUCGCAACAUUUGCACGCAGCAGGCCAUGAGGGUGGCUCGGAUCUGCUGGCAGCACCGGCAGCGUUUCAGCGGCAAGAAGAUCUUUGUGACUGGAAUCCAGCACGCAGGCACCGCCGCCAUUGCCCUUGUUGCGGCUCUUGCGCACCAGCAGGACGACGCCGACAGGCGCAGCUAUCUCGGCUAUCUCGAGGUCAUAUCACAGGCAAUCCACGAGAUGAGCGAGACCUAUCAUCCUGCAGAGCGCAUGGACGCCCUGAUGCAUGCCAUCAUUGUCCAGCUCAAGCAAGAUAUGGCAGACCCUUAUCGCACCCGCACAAACUCGUUUGCCCAGCCCGGCAUGACCGCUGGGUCCUUGCAAUCUCAACUUGGCGCCGCCUCCCACUCGUGGCAAACUGGAAACUUCUCCAUCUUGCCAGCGCGGAGAGAGAACCUAGACGCAGAACAAGGUGGCCCGGCGCUCAAGAAGCGGACCAGGCAAGCAACAAGCCGGCGUGCCUCGGUAUUUGCGAGGCCGCCGGCGCCCUUUUCCGACGCAGGCACUGCGCAGCCGACGCCUCCCGGAUCAACCCAGAGUAUUGGCUCACUAGGGUUUGACCUACCAAACUCCAUGUCGAAUGUGUUUACUGGCUUUGGAGAUACGUCAAACAUGUUCACCUUGGACUCUCUCCAAGGCUCGACUACCGAUAUGGACGCUAACGAUGCCCAUCGCCGGGGUCCAGAUGACUUUGUGCUUGUUGAUCCAGCAACCGAUGGCAGCUGGAGCACACAGGCACAUCAACAGGAGCAAUCAGCAUCUAACCAAGAUGGCGGGUUUCAGAUGUCCGACUGGGUCUCGGGACCAGCUGGGCUCAGUGCGAGCUUGGUGUUGAAUGGUGGUGCCCAACGAGCCGACUCGCUCUGUGAUGAUGUGAGCACGAGCCCAAAGGAAGAAAACAAAGAGCUGGCUGAUGGAGACAUGGACUGGCUAAGCGGCGACAAUGGUAUGAACAAUCUUAGCCCCAUCAGUCUAGGUGGACUGGUGCAGAGUGUAGAAAAGGCAGCAGGAUCAAAGUCGGACAAGUCCGUUCCACCUAGGAACCACGAAUUGGACUUUUUCAGUUUUUGA